AUGUUUCCUGUUUCUGCUGGAAAUACUGGCCCUCCACCACCAUUUUCACGCAAGGUUCCAUCUUCUAGAAGUAUUGACCUUCCACCAUCAUCUUCACGCAAUGUUCCAUCUACUGGAAGUGUUGGCCCUCCACCACCAUUUUCACGUAAUGAUUCAUUUGUUGGAAGGAUUGACCCUUCACCAUCAUCUUUCGUUCCAUCUGAACCAGCAUAUAUUCCUUCCAGUGGCAAGUCCGGAAGAAAAUUUAAAGCUGAUUGGAAUAAACGAAAUACUGUUAUAUUCAUAAAAAUAUGUAAAAAAGAGAUGGUGGCUGGAAAUAGACCUGGAACACAUUUUAACAAAGUUGGUUGGGCAAAUUUAAAAACAAAAUUUUUGAAAGAGACUGGUUUAAAUUAUGAGUCUAAACAAUUUAAAAACAAGUGGGAGGCUAUGAAAAGAGAAUGGGGACUAUGGGCUAAACUAAAAGGAAAAGAGACCGGUCUUGGUUGGGAUCCUAUUAAGAAGACCAUACAAGCAAGUGAUGAUUGGUGGGAUGCUAAGAUUCAGGAAAAUUCUGAUGUGGCAAAAUUUAGAGAAGAAGGUCCAAAACAUCUUGAUAAAAUGGAGUUCCUUUUUGAAGAUGUUGUAGCUACUGGUGUAGGUGCAUGGGCACCUUCUGAAGAUAUAAAUGAUAGUUAUAAUAAUAGAUAUAAUGACGAAGAUAAUGGUAAUGAGGAAGAAGGUUUAGAAGAUGAGUUAAAUGAUGAAUCAACGCCUUCUAGUGCAAUGAGACAAAAGAGAAGAAAGGUUGGAAAAGGGUAUGGAGCCUCUCAACUUUCAACUCAACUAGAACGUAUAAUUAAUGUGUUUGAAGAAGAAAAGGCCAACGAAAUAGCUCAUAGAAAUAACGUACCAAGUAUAUCUACUUGUUUAGCUGUUCUCAAACAAUUACCUGGACUAGAAGUUGGGAGUGAUAUAUUUUUUAUAGCUACAAGACUAAUGGCAAAAAGGAUAUCUAACAGCUCAACUGAAAGUUUGAUAUCAAAUACAAAUGUGUCAGACGAAGAAUUUGAAAACAAACAAAAGGUCGCAGCCAAACGCUCAAUACGUAAUGCAGAAGAGAGAUUCCAACAUUCAGGAGAAACUAUUUCUAGACAAUUUCAUUAUGUAUUGGAUGCUGUUUGCAAGCUUGCUCAACAUAUUAUUCAACCAACUGAUCCACAAUUUACAGAUACUCCAGUGGAAAUUAAAAAUGAUGAAAGAUAUUAUCCAUAUUUUAAAAAUUGUAUUGGUGCAAUAGAUGGAACUCAUAUACCUGUUGUUGUUCCUGCCGAUAAGAAAAUUCCAUACUUUGGUUGGGAGGGAUCUGCACAUGAUACUAAAAUUUUCAAUCAAGCUGUGCGUAGACAGAGUCUUCAUUUCCCUCUUCCUCCUAAAGAUAAGUACUACUUGGUAGAUUCUGGCUAUCCGUGUUUUAUGGGGUUCUUAGGUCCUUAUAAAGGUCACAGAUACCAUCUUCCACAUUUUAGAUUGGGUCCUAGAGCAAGAGGAAGAAAUGAAGUAUUCAACUAUUACCAUUCUAGCCUUAGAUGUACAAUUGAACGCUCAUUUGGAUGUUGUAAAGCAAGAUGGAAAAUCUUAGGUGCCAUGCCAUCGUUUUCCUUAGACACACAAGUUAGAAUUAUUGGUGCUUGUAUGACUUUACACAAUUUUAUUCGACGAAAUGACACAAGUGAUGAACAAUUUGAAGAAUUUCAUGAAAAUUUUAAUCUUAUGGGUGAAGGUGAAGGUGAAGUAGAAGAACCAGUUUCUAAUGAUAUUAUGUGGGAAGAACCGAAUGCUGAAAGUGUUAGAAAAAUGGAACUAAUUAGAGAACAAAUAAAGAAUCAAUUGCCUGAUCGAUUGUAA